ACGAAAAACACUUUUUUAUUUGAAAACAAGGAUAUUUCUCACUUGAGUGAUCAAUCGAACAAGCUGCUCACAGAGAGAGAAUUCAUCCAGUUAUCGGGUGUGACUGAAGAACAGAAAAUAAGUACAUUGAUAUUGACUCCACUGAAAACGUAUGGGACCACUCCGAACACCGGUUGCAAAGACUGACGAAUGUGGUAGAAUGCCGUGGUAUAAUAUAGAUAAUGCAUGGGAUCAAAUAACUGCAGUGCAUCUCAAUUCUGUACUCUUGAAUUAGGGUAUUUACUUUGCUACGAAUUUAUGUACGUUGCCUACUUGUAGCUCGAUUUUUCUCCUACAUCAAGUAAAGGCACUUGGAUCUAUGCUGCAAGAUUAAUGGGAAAUAUUAUCUAGAAAGUGCUAUCCUUUGAAUCRAUGUGCUUUGGCGUUGACCAACACAACACCUACGAGCAAAACGACUAUCCUUAUCGUAUGGCUCGUCGGGUCUCUAACACGAGAGGGGGUAGAAUUCUAUUGAUACUGAUCAUCGUAGCUGUAGAUAUCCUCACAUCUAAUGUCUUCCUCCACACAAGUUCUAAAUUGUUUCGUCUUUUCUCGUCGUUUACGAAACGCUCCAUAGAAAUGGGUUACAUAAGCAAAGACAUCGAUAAACAAACCAGGACAAACUUGAUCAUCUUGUCUCAUUCAAGGUCAGGUUCAUCAUUCCUUGGCCAGAUAUUCAACCAUCAUCCUGACGUGUUCUACAUGUACGAACCAUUUUACAUCAUGAAAGUCACUACUCUUGAUCAGUCUAAUUUCUACGAAUCGAGCGCGCUUCGACUCCUCGACGACAUCCUGAAUUGCAACUUUAAGAACCAAGAAGAAUAUAUGGGUUUCUUGAAUCAUUUACCUCACCAUCGAUACUCCAGUAGGUCUUUAACUGUUCCGUUUUGCGCCCCAAAUCAAACAGAUACCAAAUUUGGAAAAACCGUGCGAUAUUUUUGUAAGCCGUUAGAUCCUUGGGAGACAAGCAGGGUGUGUUCCACUCAUAAACAUCGAGUGAUAAAAUUGCUGACUCAUCGCAUUCCUAAUUUUAAAGUCAAUUUUUUCAAACCUUUGAUGAAAUCAGAGGUGAAUGUUAAGAUAUUACAGCUGGUGCGUGACCCAAGGGCUAUCGUAGCCUCGAUGGAGAGAGUAGGAUGGAUUCAAUCCUACACUCAAUUCAACUCAAAGCAGACUUUCAUACGAACCUCUUUUCAUGAUUUUGAACAACGAGUAAAAAGGUUUUGUUUCUCGUUGCUUGAUACCAUAAAAUUUAUUCUGGAAGCAGAAAGAAAACUUCUUGGAAGAUAUAAACUUGUGCGGUAUGAAGAUCUUGUUCAGCAAAUCACGACAAAGACUGAUGACGUCAUGAAGUUUGCUCAGUUUCGUAGCUCAGAUGACGUCACUCGAUGGCUUCAGCGAAGCACACAUGCUGAAAACACAGCAGUAAGAAAAAAGAACUAUGAUUAUUCUACUGAAAGAGUGAAUAUCUCGCAUCUCGCAGACUCCUGGCGAAGAACGCUUAAUAGACAACAGAUUGUUGUGGUGGAAAAAUACUGCAAACCUGUUAUGACCAUGUUACGAUAUCCAGUGGUAUUCACUGAUCAUGUGCAGAAGGGAUUCAAACCUUGAGAACAUGGUUCCAGUGUUCAUGGAGUGGAAAACUGCAGAAAAGACCCUAAUAGGAUACAUUGAAGUAUAAAUAAAUAAUACACCUAAUUUUACAAGGUUAUAACAGAUAAAGUACAGUUCUAGUGAUGUUUCCCAUCUGACCCUCAAUAAUUACUGUUCAAUUUGAAAGUUGAUUGUUGCUAGUGAGGAAAAACUGACAACCCAGAAAAAAACCCUCAAAGCACAUGGAGAGAACAUACCACACCAAUCCCAGCAGGAUUCUAAACUGGGUCGCACUGAUGAAGAGGUAAUGCUUUAGCAGUACACACUACCUCAAGGCACCAUCUGCAAGAUUUGAACAAUGAAAUGCAUCAUGGGAAUAUAAAAAUGAUGCACAAUAAAGAUGGUGCAUU